AACAUAUUUGACACCGCAAUAUAGUCUAGGCCAAGUUUCACUUAAAAUAAACUCUUAGAUGUUUUAUGUGUACAAGUAGAGCUAAAAACGUAAAAACACUAGAAACAAAAUCUAUAUUACAUCAGUCAUUUCAGAAAGGAUAUGUAGAUAUUUUUUUUUUUUACACUUUGAAAUAUUUCAGGUCUUUAUUGUAAUUUGUAUAAUUACGGAUAAUGGGGAAAAAACUGUUUUAGACAACUUGUGAAAAACAGCAUAUUUGUAGGAAAUUGAGGGGAUUAAAAGCAUUUUGUAGGAAAAUGUGGAACAUGGAUAACUGCAGUCUUAUGAUGAUUUGUUGAGCAAAAUCCAUUCAACAAUUUGGUAGAUCUUCACGAGAAGUGAAGUGAAUUAAGAGCCACUUCGUACAGACAAAUUCUGUAUAUUAGCUAAAAUGUUGCAUUGCUUGUAUCAGGUCACUCAUGAACCAUAAAUGAUGUUAGAAGCAGAUAAUUUACCCAACACUCAUGUAGAAAUUACAUCAUUGUGAUGUGAUAUGAAUGUAAAAAAGAUCUUCAAAAGCAAAAUGCAAAAAAAGAUUUAAGAGUGCUUCGUAUUUGCUGGAGAUAAAACAAAAAACCCUGCACUUGAAAAUAAAACUUAACUAUUAAGACUUUUGGGGAAUUUGUACCUUAAAGUAAAUUAUGUAGACCUAGAGAUUUCUGCAUGAGAUGAGACUAAAUCGUUAAGGUUGCGCUGCUUUAAAAACAAACCUGAUUGUGUAAUUGAAACCAUUGCACAAGCUGAUGUAGGAAAAGUUCCCAGUGCGGUGAAGAAAUCCAGGUUUAUUAUACUUGGUCAACAUGUUUUGAAGAGCUAUUGUGUUUGAGUCUUGUGACUGGGAAACGGUGUGAUUGUACCAAAGGUCAAUAAUGUCACCUCGUAAUGUAUGUCAUGCUCCUUAAGAGAGGUUUUUGUGGGAGUGUUUUCCCCACCCUGGAAAUAAUUAAUCAACAGACCUAUAGAAGGGCUUUUCCGGCUUUGUAUCAAUGGGAGUGUCUGGUGUUGCAUAUAAAGAGCAACUUGCCAACCUUGUGACAAGAAGCUGUUGUAUCACUUAGCGUGCAGAAGAUGUUGAGCUCCACUUUGUGGCUGUGUGUCGGACUCUUCCUGUGGGGCUCUGCUUUCUGUGACAUUAAAUGCCCCGAUGGGACUACCUGUGCUGAUUCGUCGACAUGCUGCCUGACUGCUCAUGGAUAUGGCUGCUGUCCAUAUUCAAAGGCUGUGUGCUGUACUGACAAGGCCCACUGCUGUCCCUACGGAUAUCGCUGUGACCUUGUCACGCAGAUGUGUGUGAAGCAAUACCAGCCAUGGAUCAGGAUCCCGAUGGUGGAGAAAGUGGCUGCGGAGGUUCCAAGCACACCUGAUCUGCCUCUGACCCCUUUCAAGGAGGUUGAAGACAACAACGUCCCUGACCAGAUAAAGAGCACAGUGGUCUACUGUGACAACUAUCAUUAUUGUCCUGAUGGUACGACUUGCUGCAGACAUCCGAAGGGCGCCUGGUUCUGCUGUCCAUACUCGCCUGGGAGAUGCUGCCUGGACGGCUACCACUGUUGCCCAUACGGUUAUGACUGUGAUUUCACUUACACUCACUGCAUCAGGCAAGGCCUGGAGUAUCCGUUCAACUACAAACAAGCUCUGACUUCAGUCCCUGCCUCUUUCCUUGCAGCUGCUGAAGACCAAAACCACGAGCAGGAGGUAAAAUCUGUGACUCUGUCUUUAGCCAUGAUCCGUUGCACAAGUAUUCACGAGGUUUUAAUUUCAUCACAUGUUAUGAUGUUACAACCAAAGGCUCUGAUGUUAACACACCAUCCCCAUGGUGAAACAUACUUGUGGCAGCGUUGUGAUUUUUGACCAUUCUCUUUUUCCCUUUCAUCUUCUUGUUACUGC